AUGGGUUUAUUCUGUUGGUGCCCCCAAGAGCAAAGAAAAAUUGAUAUAAAAAAUGUUGUUCAAAAUCACCUCUGGUGGCCAUUUCAAAAACUCGAAAAUAAUUCCCUUUCGGGUUUUUUCUAUGACCGCCAGUUUCCCGUACCCAUAUCCAUAGCGUUCCUCGUUGCUAUUACUGGCAUAGAAAUUUUCAGUAGCAAAUACGGUAUCGAAAAAUGUUUAUUUUUAUUUAAGUUUUGCGAUACGGUUGUGUUUGGCAUCGGGACGGGAAAUUGUUUGAGGCGUGUUUUCCACUUAUUGAAUCAAUUACUGUCCGCUAAGGGCUGGCAGCCCGAACACGAACACAGUUGCUCUCCCCACCGCCUUAACACGAAAAAAAAAAACAAAAGAAAAACUCUCCGGCGUAUGUUUAACGACGGGUCGGCCGAAAACGCUGACGGCCACGUCCUCGCCAACAAAGCAUUUUUCUUCUCGCUCAUUUUUGCGCUCCCUCAAGGGAACCAGCAAGUUAGACAGACGCUAGAGGAGAGAAAAAGUUUGAAAGUACUGCAAAGGGAAUUUAAGAACAGGACCCACAUCACAAAGCUUGUAAAUGAGAACAACAUCGAAUGUACCAGGAUGGAAGAAUUAAAAGAAUUAACUGAGGCAUUUUAUCGAUCGCUAUACGAAAGCAAAGCCAAACCACCACUAGAAACAUCUUCUAAAGAACGACAGAAGGUAAUGAAUGUAGGCUCAGAAGAAAUCCCAGACAUAACAAGUGAGGAAAUUGAGAGAACCAUGUCCAAAAUGCCAAAAGGAAGAACAGCGGGAGGGGAUGGUAUAGUAUUGGAAAUGCUGAUCUAUGGAGGAGAAAUAGUUCUGGACAUUUUAAAAAUUUUAUACAAUAAAUGCCUGCUGGAGUGCGACGUCCCCGCAGACUGGAAGAACGCCCUAGUAGUUUUGCUCUUCAAAAAAGGCGAUAAAACUAAAUUAAGCAAUUACAGACCAAUCAGCCUGUUGUCUGUCAUGUAUAAAGUAUUUAUAAAAAUAAUAACAGAAAGAUUGACCAACAAACUUGACAGUUACCAGCCUAAAGAGCAAGCCGGAUUUAGAAGAGGUUUCAGCACACUAGAUCAUCUGCAAGUAGUAAGAACAGUUAUAGAAAAGACAAAUGAAUACAAUAUCCCAAUCUGGGUCGCUUUUAUUGACUAUGAAAAAGCUUUUGACUCUGUAGAGAUAUGGGCUGUAUUGAAGGCAUUAAGCAACAGCAGAGUCGACUAUCGAUGCACAACCUUAAUCCAAAAUAUAUAUAGCAACGCAACCCUCCAAGUUAUGUUGAAAGAUUUCACAGAUAAGAUUGAUAUAGGCAGAGGAGUUAGACAAGGAGAGUCCAUCUCACCGAAGCUGUUCACGCUUGCGUUGGAGGAUAUGUUCAAGAAUAUCGGAUGGGAAACUAAGGGCAUUAAAAUAAAUGGAGAAUACUUAAGUCACCUACGGUUUGCUGACGAUAUUGUUCUCUUCGCGGAUAAUCAACAAGAUUUGCAAGACAUGCUAUUGGAACUAGAUCAAAACUCUAAAAAGAUAGGCCUCAAGAUGAAUAUAGGAAAAACCAAAUAUAUGACGAACGAUAAUAUCACACAAGAAACGAGAAUCGAAAUAGAUAACAAAAAAAUAGAACACACAGAAUCCUAUGUUUAUCUAGGUCAGAAAAUAGAAGUUUCAAAAAACAACUUAAAAGCAGAACUACCGCGAAGGAUAUCGUUGGCAUGGACAGCCUUUGGAAGACUCAGAGAGGUUUUUUGUUCAGGCCUCCCAAACACCCUCAAAGCGCAAAUCUUCGAUCAAUAUGUACUUCCAACACUAACAUACGGUACAGAAACAUGGGCAAUUAAUAAAGAAAUCAUUUGCAAGCUACAAACAACACAACGAGCUAUGGAAAGGAGGAUGAUAGGUGUAACCCUCCGGGACCGAAUAAACAAUAAUAUAAUCCGGGAAAGAUCAAAAGUGACAGAUGUCAUAGAGAGAUUAUGUAGACUGCGAUGGAGCUGGGCAGGACAUAUAGCCAGGAGCAAAGAUGAUCGUUGGACACGCAGAGUGAUGGAGUGGAGACCAUGGAGCAGUAAGAGGAGCAGAGGACGCCCCCAGACUAGGUGGACAGAUGAUAUAAAGAGACUGGUGGGAGACAAUUGGAUGUGGCAUGCGCAGGAUAGAAAGGAGUGGCAAUGCUUAGGGGAGGCGUACGUCCGACGAUGGAUGGAUAGCUGA